GCAGCUCUGGCGAGGACCACCCGCUUGGGUGUCUGCUCCCCUUGGCUCCCUGAAGGACAUCAGCUUUCCCCUUUGCUGAGAUGGCCCAGCAUUCCGGAAGCCUGGCAUCUGACUACCAGUUUUGGAUGCAGAAGCUUUCGGAAUGGGACCAAGCCUCCACUUGGGAGACCCAGCAGGAAAUCUGUCUUCAUCUGUCUCGUUUCCAGGAAUUCCUGAGGAAGAUGUAUGAAGCCUUGGCAGAGAUGGAUUCUAAUACAGUUAUGACAGGAUUCCCCGCAAUGGGCCAACUGUUGACAAAAGCUUGCUACAAUCCUUUCAUCUUAGCAUAUGAUGAAAGCCAAAAAAUUCUAAUAUGGUGCUUAUGUUGUUUGAUUAACAAAGACCCACGGAAUUCUGGAGAAUCAAAACUGAGCUCCUGGACAUGGAGUUUGUUAUUUCAUAUACUUUCAGCAUUCAGUUUGAACAUAAAGGAAGUUGGUCUUUUUGCUCAAGGCCUUGGGUAUGAGCCUGUAGAUUGCUAUCCUGGUUUGCUUAGAAAUCUGGUUUUAUCAUUAGUGUCGGAACUCAGAGAGAAUCAUCUUAAUGGAUUUAACACUCAAAGGCGAAUGGCCCCUGACCGAGUACUGGCCCUGUCACAAGUCUGCAUCCCGCUUAUCACUCUGCCGGAUUUUGAACCCCUGGUGGAGGCCUUGCUUGUCUACCAUGGACAUGAACCUCAGGAAGUCCUCUGUCCUGAAUUCCUGGAAGCUGUAAAUGAGGCCCUUUUAGAGAAGAAGAUCUCUCUGCCCAGGUCGGCUGUGCUCUGCCUGUGGCUCCGGCACCUUCCCAGCCUGGAGGAGGCCGUGCUGCGUCUCCUGGAGGAGCUCAUCUCCAGGGAGAGAGACUGCCUGCAGGGGACCAAGAGUCUUCUAGAAGAGUCACUGCUGCCACAGGCCGCCGCCUGCCAUCCUGCUGUGUUCUGGGUCGUGGAUGAGAUGUUCAGGUAUGCGCUCCUGGAAACUGACGGGGCCCCGGAAGUAGUGGCCGCCCUUCAAGCGUUUACAAGAUGCUUUGUGUCAGCACUGGAGGAAACAGGCACGCAGCCCAAGUUUCCUCUCAAGACCUACUUUCCUUACGCGCCUGCAGCUCUGGUCACGGUCCUGCUGCAGCAGCCUGGAGAUGCUCUGGAGGGACAGUGGCACCAGCUGCUGGAGCGUGGCUCCCAACUGCUCAGGGAAGAAGUCGAAGACCGAACUCACGGGUCUUCCCGAGGGCCGUUUGAGAGCUGGUUUCUGUUCACACACUUUGGAGGAUGGGCUGACAUGGCAGCUGAGCAUUUGCUGAGGGCAGAAGCUGAGCCCCAUGAUGCCCUGCAGUGGCUCCUGGCAUUCUACUACAGUCCACGAGAUGGGAGUCGGCAGAGAGCACAGACCAUGGUGGAAGUCAAGGCAGCGCUCGGCCGCCUCCGGAGGCUGUCCAGGAGUGCCGCCCUCUCGGCCAGGGACCUGCAGGUGGCUGCUGGGCCUCACGGAGCCACAGCGUCCAGUACAGCUGCCCCUCCGUCACUACUCAGGUGCCUGCUGCUCAACUUCCUGCUCUGGGCUCCUGCAGGCCACGCCAUAGCCCUGGAAGCUAUGGGCCUGAUGGCUCACUCUGAUGAGACGGCCCGAGAGAGUAUCGCCUUUCUUGACCGGACCUUGUACAGGGUGCCUGUUUGGGCUGCAAGAAUGACCAGGACACAUCUGGAAAAGCUCCACUGCUGCUGGUUUUACAAACUGGAGAUGAGGGCUAUGGCCCAAACUUGGAUUCGGCUGCUGCUCUGCGGCUGACACCUGCUCAGCCCAGCCCAUCAGCUGCAAAGUCACUCAGGGAAAGGCUAGCUGGGAGAACAGCUGUCUCCUUGGAAACCAUAUAAAACCAAAAUACCUGAAUGAGUCA